UACAGCGCGCAGUGAGCUCAGCGGCACUGAUCGCCACGCUCUGAGAGCAGCAGAGAGCAGCAUGAUGCUGGUGGUCGUGAUGCUGGUGGUGCUGCCCACCUCCGCUGCUGAAACCCCGGACCCUCCACCCACGUUCAGCUACGAGGACUUCGGGCACCCGCUCAGGUGCACGCUCUGCCCUCCGGGCACGCACAUGAGAGCGCCGUGCACGCGCAGCAGGCCCACAGAGUGCCUCCCGUGUCCGAGUGGCCAAUACACUCAGUACUGGAACUACCUGCACCGCUGCCUGCCCUGCCGCGCGCCCUGCGACCACAACCAGCGCGAGCGGCACGAGUGCACGCCCACCACAGACCGAGAGUGCGAGUGCGUGCCCGGCUACCACUGGCGCGCGGAUCGGUGCGCGAGGCACACGCGCUGCAGCCCGGGGUUUGGCGCCAUACGGACCGGCACCACACACACAGACACAGAGUGUGAAAGAUGCCCGCAAGGGACGUUCUCUGAGGGGAACUCAGAGUAUGCCAAGUGCAAGCCGCACACGGGCUGCAGUGGCUCACUGUUCAAGGUCUUUCGGGGCACCAGCUGGCACGAUGAUGUGUGUGUGUCCUGCAGUCAGCUCAGAGACGGAGGAGGCAUAGCUUUACUCCAAGGCAUUUUGCCCACGUUCUUCACUCAAAAGCUGAGAAAUGGCAAACUGAAAAGGUUUGUCCGUUUGCUUGAAACGCAGAAGAGGCAGUGGAGGUCUGGCUCCAGCAAACAAGAUCUGCUGUAUCGCUUGAAUGAAUGGACUCAAAGAGCUCAGGACCAUCAGCUUUGGAAGCUACCAGAGAUGCUGGAAAAUUUGCAGCUCCACAACAUCGCAAAGAAACUGAGGAAGAUGUUAAAAGAUUUUCAGGAUCCCUCAUAUUGUACUGACAAAGAUGUAGAAAAGUCAGGUUAGUCACUGUGUUAGUGAAUUACUUACUAUAAAUGGUGUAUAAUUUUUUUAUGAACAUAUAAAGGUCAUUACAUUUCAUUCAUGCAUACAGGUAAUAAAGCACUGGAGGCAUUUCUACUGUAACAAUAAACAAGUGCAUAAAAAAGUUUUUUUUUCAUGUAUUACGUUUUGCCUACUGCUGAUCUCUGGGUUGCUGUGUAUUCAUUACUGUUUUGAAGAGAUCUUGGGUUUGGGAAAGGCACAACAGAAAUAAAAAUCUGUAGUCAUCUU